UGCGCCGCAGCCCAGUGCGGAAAACAGCAAUGGCGGCGGCGAAACACCUUUAACACACAUUAUCCGAGCUAAUGAUCAGUGGAUACUCAUGUGAUGUUGUAGAACAGACAGAAGGGUAUUAAUAACAUCCGGCUUUAGACGCAGACGCACCACUGCGAAGGAAAACAUGGAAAUGUUUAGAAAUUCAGAGCGCUUGAAGGUUUUUCCACCUCUGGAUUUAGGAAAUAACAGCACGUCUUAAAUGGAAAAGCGACUGUACAUCUGGAUUAGGAUUGCCGGCUUCCAACGAGCAUGAUCAAACAGACUUGUAGUUUUAACUCGUGAGAAAUGAACGGUAUCGUUAGUUUUGAUUAGUCAGCUGGUUUCGUUUGUUUCGAAUAUUUGAAUUGUUCGUUCGAAUAUUUUAAGUUCGUGACGGGGUUUGUAGUUUUACAUUUGCGUUUUUAUACAUCUUAAUUGAAAUGGAACGUUUUAUUAAACACUAAUACCUUCGGACAAACUUUACUGAAGCGUUUUAGCAAAGAUACAAACAAAGCUAAACCUGUAAACAUGAGAUCUUCAUUGGCCCCGGGCAUCAAACUCAUUACCUCUUUCUCUAGAGACAGCUGGUACCGGUUCUUCAUCCUCGUCAUCACAUUUGUCUUCUACACCAGCUACCACAUCUCGCGAAAGCCUAUCAGUAUUGUCAAGAGUCAGCUGCAUAGAAACUGCUCUAAUGUCAUUCAUCCAGCAGACCUCAACAUUACUGACAAUGACACCUGGUGUGAUUGGGUCCCUUUUGACCAGAACAAUUACCAGAAUCUGUUUGGAGUGCUGGACAACUGCUUCCUCAUUGCAUAUGCAAUUGGCAUGUUCUUUAGUGGGAUGUUUGGAGAAAGAUUGCCCCUGCGUUACUACCUGAGCACGGGGAUGCUUCUUAGUGGGCUUUUCACUGUUCUGUUUGGUCUGGGUUUUUACUGGAACAUCCACUCACUUUGGUAUUACUGCCUUAUUCAGGCCAUAAAUGGGCUGGUGCAGACUACAGGCUGGCCAGCUGUUGUAGCAUGUGUCGGGAACUGGUUUGGGAAGGGAAAGCGUGGAUUCAUCAUGGGCAUAUGGAACUCUCAUACCUCAGUGGGGAACAUAUUGGGCUCUCUCAUUGCUGGUGUCUAUGUGUCGUCUGCGUGGGGCUUGUCCUUCAUUGUGCCUGGUAUUAUCAUUGCUUCCACUGGAGUCCUCUGCUUUUUGUUCCUGGUUGAGAAACCUGAAGAUGUGAACUGCGUUCCACCACAACACCAUGAGAGUGUGGAGCAGGAACCUCUCCUGAGGAACUCAUCCAUUAAUGAGGAGAUCUUCAGCAGUCACACCUCCACAGCCGUGGAGCCAGUGGAGGACCACACAGAGGCCAUCAGCUUCUGUGGAGCGCUCAAGAUUCCUGGUGUGGUGGAGUUCUCCUUGUGUUUGCUUUUUGCCAAGUUGGUCAGCUACACCUUCCUCUACUGGCUUCCUUUAUAUAUCGCUAAUGUUGCUCAUUUUGAUCCUAAAGAAGCUGGGGACAUGUCUACAUUGUUUGAUGUUGGAGGAAUUGUGGGUGGCAUCCUGGCUGGUUUAAUAUCUGACUACAGUGGGGGCAGAGCCACUACCUGCUGUGCCAUGUUGAUCAUUGCUGCUCCUAUGCUCUUCCUGUACAAUAAGAUCGGACAGAACGGCUUGCCAACCACCAUUGGCAUGUUGCUGUGGUGUGGUGCUCUCGUGAAUGGACCUUAUGCCCUCAUAACCACUGCUGUGUCAGCUGACCUAGGAACCCACGAGUGUUUACGAGGAAACUCGAGAGCACUGUCCACUGUAACAGCCAUUAUUGACGGCACUGGAUCAAUAGGUGCUGCUAUUGGACCUCUGUUGGCCGGUCUGAUCUCUCCUACUGGUUGGAAUAAUGUUUUCUAUAUGCUCAUCGCUGCUGAUGUACUGGCUUGUCUGCUGUUGUCCAGGCUCGUCUAUAAGGAGAUCAGAGGAUGGUGUGGAUACACAACAAGAUUGAGAGGGUGAACAUCCACACUCAUUCUUUAUGCAUUUAUGAAAAAAAAAAAAAGUUCAAAGAGAUCUGAGCUGCCCGCAGAACAAGAGAAUAUCACACCUGUGAUGGAAAUUUCCUGCAGUGUAACGACAAAAAGGGACCAAGGAUUGAUCCAACACGCUUAAGCCUUUUUUGCUGCCGGGGUUAUUUUAUAUGAAAAUUGUAACAUGAGACUUUCAUCCUUUUAUACUGACAACGGAACAAAGCUCAGCUGCUGCCGUGAGGGAGGAGGAGAGUCUCACACCCUCAUCCACACCUGAGCGAGACAAAAAAAAGAGAGAGAAUUACUAACUUAAUUUUAAUAAAGGAUGUUUUUAGUGCCUGAUCCAAAUGCACCUUUUUUCUAUCAUUAAAAUAUACCAUCAGUGCAUUCUCCUUUUAUCUGAGCUGUUUGUCUGUGAUCAAUUAAAUAUCACACCUGUUGUGAACCACACAUCUCAGUAUAUGCACGUCCUUUCUCACUAAUGGAUUGGUUUGCAUGCAGUAUAGUGGGCCCAAGUAUUUGGACACUUACACCACAAUUCAAAAUUUAUGAAUGUCUUUGCUUUAUAUAACAAAAUAUAAAACCAAGUGGCAUUUAUUUUAAAUAAAUAUUGCACAAAUGUAUUUUUAGCGCAAACAUAAAAAAUAAAAGAUGCUUGUUUGGUUUCAAAUUAUAAAAUAAUAGAUAAAUUGUUCAAAAAUUAAAAAUAAAAAGAGUAUUUGGACACUUUAUUUUUAUUUUAUUUUGUCCAUAAUCAUGAUACCUGUGUGAACUUGAGGGGAACUGACCUCACAUUACCUUGAGACAAGUUGGUUAAAAUGUAUUUUGUUUUGUAAAAGUUAGUUUUUGAGAAACCGUCUAGCAUCAUUUGUUUGCAGAUGCCUUUAUACAGUGACAUUAAUUUUAAGUGUGCUUUGUAUUUUUAUGUCCAAAAGUGUCCAAACACUAUGUUUGCCUGUCAUUGCCCUGUUUGCUUAUGUAGGUGAAUCAGUGCCUUUCUUACAGUGGAGAUUGAGGUCAUAACCACACACACGAUUACAGACAUCUUCUCAACCCUCAUUCAGUAUUUCUGUGUUUAGAUUCCAAGUAGCUUGGAGCAUCCCAAGAGAACUGCUCUGUUGAAUUUUCUGAGGCUUUAUUUUCUGUAUGUACAAAAGGAUGUCACUGGUUUUCUAGCUUUAGGGAAUAGAUCCUAUCAGCUUGUGACAGUGAGAACAGGCGAACAUACUCAUAACUUCAGAAUGGCUUCAAAAUCAAGUCAAACAGCAUAAAAGCACUGCAGUAAAUAAUUUUGGAUACAAGUUAUCAAGACAAGCUUCACCCUGUAGGUUUGUCUCAAAUGUUCAUGAUUCUGAGUUUAGAGGCAGACUGUGCAAUCAAACUAAAACAAAGUUACAAAAAAAGUAGGCCCCUUUAUAUUUUGAAAUAAAAAUCCUUUUUAUAAUAUAAAAUGUAUAUAUGUAAAAUAUACAGUGGAGUCCAGAAAGUCUGACACUUUUAAAAUAUGGAAUUCAAAAUUUAAUUUUAACUUGGAAAUAAAUGGUCAGUUUUAGAAUUUUGAGAAAUGUAAACAGAAAUGGUAUGAUGUCAAAUGAUGGAGAAAUAUUUAAGAUUCUGCAUUAGGUCACUAAUGAGCAAGUUUGUGACUCUGACCAUGUUAGCUUCUUUGUAUAAAAGGUCAGAUUUCCUUGCUUUCAUUGAUUCACACACAUUCUUAAAUCAUGCUGAAAAACAUGGAUCAUCAGGUUUUACACAAACUUGUGCAGCUCGAGUGCAUGCUGUUAUUAAAGCAAAAAGGUGACACCACAUGCUACAAAAUUUUUAUUCAACUUUUCACUCUUUGUUAUGCUGGUAAAAUAAUUUUCUCAUUUAAUAUUUUGUUUUAAAAUGCAAAAAAAAAGAAGCUUUUUCACUGAUUGUCUCAGACUUCUGGGCCCCAUUGUAUUGCCUAUAUUGUUACUGAACAAACCUGUUUAUGUGCAUGCAUGCUAUUUUUUCAAUACAACUUUUUUCUUAAAUUUGUAUGCUGAUAUAAUUUAUAAGUUUUAAUGCAAAUAUAAUUUAUAACUUUAUGUAUUAAAUUUGAAAAAAAAAAAAAA